CUGGACGUGAGUUUGACGAACGCAACGAUGCAAUUUAGGUUACCGUUAGAAUGGAAUGUUAACAACACCGACCAAAUCAUUCAAAGAUAACAUGUUCAUCACGAGCGUUCGCCACUGUUUGCCAAAUUUUAAUGCACCACUGAUGAGUUACACGUUCAGAUUCAGAAGCGAAAACUCGCGAAAGUUACAAAGUUGUAAAGAACGUGGAGUGCACUAGCCACAUGUUUGCGACGCAUGACACAUAAGUAGCCUAUCAGAUAGACAGAUAGAUAGAUCAUAUUCAGCAUUAAAGAAAAGUCAGUUGUAAUGCAAUUGUCAACGGGUUUCUUUUCAGGGACUCCAGAGAAGACCUUUGGCCUCAUCCGCUUUAGGGCAGCAAAUGAUGCCAAAUUUCUUAAGACAAAAUUCGCCACCAAAAGCCUGUGGGAGCAAGCAGUGAAAGAGCUGGGCCUGGAGGGUCAAAUUACCCACAAGCAGAUCAGCAAGAAGUGGGAGAAUUUAAAGAAACGUUAUAAGGACCUGAGGGAUCCAAGGACGGGCUCUGGCACAGACCAUGGGGAAAAGACGCUGUCAAAUUGGCCAUAUUAUGCAGAGAUGCAUGCUGUUUUGGGGGGAAGGCCUGCAGUUGACCCCCCAGUCAUUGUGGCUUCCUUCAGGCCGGCUGAGGAGGACCCCACAGCCUUAUUAAUGGCCAUUGUCACACCAACUUAUGAAACCCUCAGGGAGGACUUACCUGAGUCAGCCUCAGCCUCAGUCUCUUCCACCAGUCCUCCCACUACACCUUCCACUACCCUACCCGCAACUCCAGUCUCAGCCUCUUCCACCAAUCCUCCCACUACACCAUCCACUACCUCUACCACCAAUUCAGAUACGCCAUCUAACACCCUCCCCGCUACUCCAACACCAUCACCAAGGAAGAGGAAGGGGAGUGCCGUCCAGCAAAUGCUGGAGUUUUUGCAAUCUGAAUCAGCUAAGGAGCAGAGAAGGCACACUGAAUCAGAGGAGAAAACCGAAAGGUUUUUGAAACUGUUUGAAAAACUUGUGGACAAAAUCUGA